UUCAUUUUCCCUAAAAAAUUAUUAGGGGUAAGAUUAGCAUUCUCUUGCAGUUGCUCUCAGCCCCCUCUCUCGUACCUCGUCUCCCUCUCCCGCUCCAUGCCCUCCACCUCGCCGGCGGCGGCCACUACCCUCUUCUCCGCUCCAAGAUGCCCUUGCGGCCGCGCGUCUCCACUCUCCGGUCUCCAUCCUCCGCGCUCGCUCCCCGCCCGUCCGUGCCGCUCAUCGCCGACAUGCUCGUGGCCUCCCCUCUUCAGAUCUGCGAGCGAAUCUGCGCCAGGCCGGGGCUGGCACCGCCGGAUCCCAAUCUGCACCAGGCCGGGGCGAGUGCCGUCGGGGCUGUUGCGCACAUGACGGCCGCGCUCGCCGACGCGCUCCGCGUCUUCUACCCGCUCGCCGGCCGCAUCUGCCAGGACACCGGCGGCGCGCUCGCCGUCGAGGGCGACAAGGGGCCGAGGUCCUCGAGGCCGAGGCCUAGGGCGUCGCCGUCGACGACCUCGCCGGAGAUGGCUGCGACGAGGAGGCCCAGCGGUUCAUGCAGCGCCUCGUGCCCUACACCGACAAGGGCUUGGCGCUUCCCUCGCUCCAGCGACAAGGAGUCCAUCCGCGAUGCCGGCAACCUGUUCGACCAAAUGCCGGAAAGGUGUAGUUGCUGGUGGAGCUGAAUCCUGGAGCUGCAACUCUGAAUCCUGGAGUUGCAUCUAUGCAGACGUAGGAAAGAUGAUGACGCUGAGCCAGAAGUUGAUCCAGAAAGGGACCAGAGGACUGUAUUUGCCUCCCAGGUUGAUUUUUAAUAAGAUGCCUUACUUUGCUAGUUUAUACAUUAUAAGCGUUACCACAGCUAUCACUGAAGGCAGGCGAAAGAGAUGUUUAUGAGUUCUUCUCAAGGGCUGGAAAGGUGAGAGUAUACUGGCAUUGUACUACUUCCUGAUUAUAUAAAUGUUCUUUGGCAGCUGUAUGCUUCUUUCAUGCAUUUUAAGUCUUAAACAGAUGAUGUGGCACAAAUAUACAGCGGAAAAAAAGGAUGGAAUUCUUGUCACAUGCCAGUUUUUAGUUGGUAGUUUCGUCAUAUGCAUAGAUAUCUUAUUAGUUUCCUUUCAUUAUUUCUGCAGCUCGUAAUGCCUGUGAAAUAAACAUGACAUUGCCCCUUUUUUUUUCCAUGUUUCGGACGAACUCAUAAGGAAUUAGAGAGCUAGGUUUAGUGUUCUUGGACAGGGUAGACAUAUGAAGGGCAUGUGUUACCUCUUCAGUUCUUGGCUGUUAUCUAUGAGAAUAAUCUAUGUACAUAUGAUUUGUAUCAAAAUUGUAUGAAAUCUGUGUAAUUGUGUUGUUUGUUGCA